AUGGCGCCGCCCAAGUCACUUAGCGCCUUCAUACUGGCGUUGGGUUUCUCCUGGGGAGCCAAUGCUGGCCCGUGUAAGCCCAGUGCCUCUUCAGCAUUGUCGUCUCAGUCCUUCGACGAAACUACGAGCACAGCUGUGGUCGAAACUAGCUUUUCCUCAACUUCUGACACAACUGAUCUUGUCUGGACAACUUCAACUACCACGGAAUCAGUUGUCUCAGAUACGACUACUCUUGAGUCCUGGUCCUCUUCUAGCGAAGAUGGAGAACAACUCACCAGCACCGUAAUAACUGAAACUGGCUCUGUUUCGACCUCUGAUGAAACAAGUAACUCCUGGAGCACUACAACGGAUAUUACGUCCACUUCUCCUACGACCGUCAGCGAGACCUCGACUACGGAAGAUGCCAGCCGUUCCACCAGUACUUUCUCCGAGUCCUCAUCAGUAUCUGAUUCCGAAUUUCCGACGACAACUACUUCUGAAGCAGCCGUGUCUUCAACGACGACUAUCAGCGAAGCCCCAGCCACGACUACUGAGGCUGGAACGCGUCUCGGGUUCUUUAAUGGCGGGUUUGAAGAUCUAACAGUGGACGGUUUACCCUGGGUUAUAGGAAGAAGUGUGGAAAUCAAGAAUGACCCUGAAAACGCGCAUGGGGGAGAACACUAUGCUCUGGUGCGAUUCCCCAUUACUGGCACAGGCCGUCCCGUCUUCCCUUUGAGGCAGACUGUUACGGGCAUCGACGGAACGAAAAAAUACCUCCUCACUUUCUACUGGACAUUUACAGACGCUGGAUCGAUCGAGGGUAUAUCCUGUGAUUUCUUCACGUAUUUCCAGGGGCUACUGCACGGUAACAUGAUACGAAGUCCCACGCAACCCGUGAACCAGUAUAUCAAAAGGCAGCUGGUGGCCAAUUUCCCCGCCAGCACCACUGCCGCAGAUAUCCUGUUCCAUUGGAAGUGUUGGUCGUCUCAACCGACGUGGCCCGGCGCCGAGGUGCGCAUCGACGACGUCAACGUUGAGGUAUAUGAUCCGCCGUGCACUCGACGCGAGGCACCAUCUGAUGGAUUGACUUGUGGUGUUGGACGACUCAACAACCCUGCAGCCGAGUCACACCUGAUUGACUUCUCGUCAGAGUGGAUCCCCUUCGACUUUUGUGCGCAAGCCUGCGCAGGCACACAAGGAUGCAAGACCUUUGUCCACUCCGGUGUGUCUAUAGCUCCUUGUAAGCUAUACUCGGCGACACCCCAGGAACUGGGCUUCCAAGAGUCUACCAACGGCAAUCGUAUAAACCAGCCAGAGUGCUAUGAGUGCCGGCCAUUGGAGAGUGACUAA